AUGAAUUAAUUUAUCAACAACAACACUUUUUUAUAUAAUUCUGAUAAUUCUUUCACCUUUACUCCAACUUAACUUCGAGAAGUUAGCACAGAAAUUUUGCAAAAACUAUCAAAAAAUAGAAAUCAAAAUGAUAUUAAGGUAUUUGUUCGAUUUUCUAAUUAUUCCAAUAGAUUCUAUAAUUAGCCACUCAAAACAUUAAGUUUUUUUAAGAGAUCUUAUAAGAGGAAGGUAUUGCUGUAUUACAUAGAUGUUUAUAAAGAAUUCAACUUGAAAUUUAUCCUGAAGUAAUCUAAUUGAUGUAUUUUUUUAAGAGUACUAUUGUAUUUGAGAAAGGUGAUAAAGGCAAAGAUUUCUAUAUCAUUCUAUAAGGUAGCGUUGGAAUAUAUAUAUAUUCAAAUAAUAUAGAAUUGCAUCAACAAAACAAAUUACCUGUUCGUUAAGCUAUUAAAGAAUAAGUAAAUCACCUUAUUGAAUAAGGGAUCCGUCCUAAAAAAGAACAUCCUCUUGAAAUAAGGAAAAUCCUAUUAAAUGAAAAAAUUAAAAAGUAAUAAGUUCUUAUUGAAAAUAAAAGGUUGUUCAAAGUAAAUGAGUUGCAUGAAGGAGAUUCAUUUGGAGAAAGAGCAUUAAUAAAUGAAGCUGCUCGUUUGGCAACUGUAGUUUGUGAGACUGAGUGCUUUUUUGGAGUGUUAAACAAAUAAGAUUAUAGAGAAAUAUUAUAAUAAGCAUAGAGUGAAAAGAUUUUGUAAUAAAUUACAGAAUUGCAAUCUGUUUCAGGAUUUUAAGGAAUGUCAAGAAAACUAUUGACUAUAUUAUUAUAUGCAUUUUAAAGUCAAGAACAUAGAUAUAGAGAUAUAAUCUAUAAAUAAGGAUAGAUUAAUAAAAAUGAAAUAUAUUUAAUCUUGAAUGGAGAGUAUAUUAUUACUCAAGAUUAAAGAAUAACAAUGCAUAAUCCCUUAAGAAUAAAUCAUUAAGGAGUUAAACAAAUAGCUAUUUUACAAAAAGGUUCAAUAUUUGGAGAUAAGGAAUCUUUCUAAAAACUUGAAUUUAGAACAUAAACUAUUACUUGCAAUAGUGAAUAUGGUAAGGUUCUAUGUAUUCAAUUAGAUUGUUUAUAAUAAAGAUUAUAAGUAAUUAUUUAUUAUUAUAUAAUAUAAGGCUAAUAAUGAGUUACAUUUGAUUAAUGAAUUAAAAUAAUAAUGUGAAAUAAAAGAAUAAACAAGAGAAAAGAGAAUAUCUUGUAAAAUAUAAUCACCAAAAAGAUCUAAAAGUUUUAUGCUUUCAACAUCACCAAAUCAAAAAAUAGAUUAUAUUGUUAAAUAAAAGAAAGAGAUAUUUAAAUAAUUAAACAAAAAUCUAAAAUCUAAAAUUCAAUUUAUAUUUGAUAUAACUUUACCUAGAGCUAAAACACCAUCAUCUAAUUUUUCAAUGGAGAGUCCAGCUUAACCAAUUAGAAAAAGAUCUGCUAUUGAUAGAAUCUACUUAAAUACUAGAAAUAAUUCAAGAAUACAAAAGAGAUAAUCAUUACCAUUACAAACAUAAACUUAAUAUCAAAAAAUUGAAAAAAAAAGAUUCUCAUUCAUAUGA